UAUUAACUUGCUCGCUCUCCAUAUCGCAUUUUUUCUUUGCUGCUUUUGGCUUCACGUGUUAAAAUUUGAGUGCACACUGCUUUUGGUAUUAUGGGGUAAUCUUGAAUUCACUGGCAAAUGUCUGGACGACAAUAGUCCGCGUGACAAACUCGGUUUAAUGCGUUCCAGAUGCGCCCAAUCUGAAAACCUGAGUCGCAAGUGUAUGAACGCAUAGCCUACACUUGGGAGAGAAUUGUUUGAUACUUGUCAGAAGAGAUCCGUGUUUGAUCAAGGCCAUCUGUCGUAGGUCCAGGAUAUGGUCGGCUGUCGAGGUUUCCCUCGAGUCUCCAUGGGACUCCGUCUGUGUUGCAGGCGCUAAACUGCAAACGCAAUAGCGUUAGUUAUUUCCUUCCAGACACCAUCAUGAAAGCUGCGUGUGUUAUUGUAAUCAUCAUCAUAUGCGCCUCUCAGACCUCGGGUAAGAAGAUGAGGUGGUGCACAGUGUCAGAGACGGAGCAGAAGAAGUGUGCUGAGCUGUCCAAGGCUCUGGUGGCUGUUCUGCCUCCGGCGGCCGUGAAUGCUUUCGCCAGGCUGUCCUGUGUGAGGGCCUACAGCACGGCCGACUGCAUUGACAAAAUCAGGGCGAAUCGUGCAGACCUAGUGACGUUGGAUGCAGGGGAGGUCUACACUGCUGUCAAACAGUUUGGCCUCACUGCCAUAGCAAAAGAAAUCUACAGUGAUGGUGGCUGUAUCCUUGCGGUGGCUGUAGUGAAGAACAGCAGUGAGGGGCUGGAUAUGCGCUCUCUACAGGGCCGCAGGAGCUGCCACAGUGGGGCUCGCUGGACAGCCGGCUGGAGCCUCCCGCUGGGACACCUGCUGUCCCGAAACCUGCUGCCCUGGCCAGAGGAGCAGCCAUUCAGCCAAGCGGUGAGUCACUUCUUCAAUGCCAGCUGUGUGCCAGGGGCGGCCUCCCUAACACCUAAGCUUUGUGGCCUCUGCCAAGGUCAGAGGUCGUACGUCCGCCACCGCAACUUUCACUGUGAAACAUCUCACAGCGAACCCUUCUAUAACAACCAAGGGGCUCUCAGAUGUCUAAAGACAGGAGCAGGAGAGGUGGCAUUUGUGGACCACACUGCCCUCAGCAGCAUUGAAGAGAGUGAGAGAGGAGAGUACAGGUUGCUCUGCACAGACGGCCUGAGUGCUCCUCUUAGUGACUUCAGGAGGUGUAACCUGGGCAGGGGUCCCGGAGGGGGAGUCGUCACACGCAAUAACUACCGCAAGAUUGCCCGCAAAUUCCUCACAGCAAUAACGAUGGUGUUUGGCUUGCGAGGAAGGGAGAGACAGCGAUUCCAGCUGUUUGACUCAAAGCCGUUUGGCUCCAGCGACCUGCUCUUCAAGGAUGUAACAGAGAAGCUAGCCAUCCUGCCUGAUGACAUUGACAUCAGUCAGGUGCUCGGCCUGGACUAUGUGGCUCUUCUUAAAGGCCUGGGACAUGAAGGUAGUUCUCUUGAGGACAGUGUAGUGCGGUGGUGCUGCAUCAGCCAUGCAGAGCAGAAGAAGUGUGAGCGCUGGGCUCUAAGCAUCAAGUCUGACCCACUGGUGUGUGUGAAGGCGGCCUCCAUGAGCGACUGCAUCGAGAAGAUCAAGAGAGAUGAAGUAGAUGCUGUUUCACUGGAUGCAACUCACAUCUUCAUUGCUGGGAGAUGUGGUCUUGUUCCUGUGGUGACCGAGUACUAUGGAGAGAAGUGUGAACCAUCUGCGGGAUCCACUCAUUUUGAGACUGAAGACAUGCCCCCCGUGUGGGCUGUGGCACUGGUGCGGCGCUCCAGCAAGAAUGUGUUUUUGGGGAACCUGGGGGGCCGGCGCUCCUGUCAUGGCCACAUGUACAGCCCUGCUGGCUGGCUGCUGCCUGUCAGGCACCCCCUCAGCCAUGAACACAACAGCAGCUCCGGCUGCAACCCCAACAAAGUAUACUCUAAGGUCUUCUGGAAGGGUUGCCUUCCUGGCUCUCGGGAUAACCUCUGUAAGGUCUGCAUGGGAGGAACAGAGGAGGCAGCUACUAAACGUUGUGCUGAUAACCACAAUGAACGUUACUAUGGAAACAUGGGUGCUUUGAGGUGCCUUGUGGGAGAUCCCAGUGGAAAGAGUUAUGGGGAUGUGGCUUUCCUGGAACACCACAACUUGGAGAACAACAUCCUGCGGCUGAACUCCACUGGCUGGGCAGAGGGCUGGCUGUCCUGGGACUUUGAGCUGCUGUGUGGGUCAGGUGGCCGUGCCCCCCUCUCUGACUGGCAGAACUGUAAUCUGGGAGCAGUGCCACCCAAUACGGUCAUGACUCGACCUGUUCUUACCACCCGCAUCUAUGACUUUCUCAUCAAGUCUCAGGAAACUCUGGCAACCCACCCAGACUCAGAGUUUCAACUGUUUGAGUCUCAGGAGUAUGGGGAGAGUGAUUUGCUCUUCAAAGAUGCCACAAGCUGCCUGGUCCACACCAGCCACAUGGACUACCGCACUAUCCUUGGAGAGGAGUUUUAUAGGCAAGCUGAAGCAGUCUUCAACUGCACACGCGCAGAUAUUUUGGAGUUUUGCAACCAGGAUGUUUGCAGUAUUUUCUGAACAAAAUGACAUCAAGACAAGAAUCCCCUUUUCAACAUACUCUGUGGGUCCAAUCGCCCCUGAUUCAGAUGUUGUAUGCUGGUAUACAGUGUCUUUCUUGUAAAACAUUGAGCUAAAUAAACUAAUAAAUGUA